AUGACAAACCAUAGCGAUCAGAUUCCUAAUGAUCUUGCUUUGGAAAUUCUAGCAAAAUUACCGGUUAAAUCUUUGAAGCGAUUUAGUUGCGUACGGAAGUCUUGGCUAAAUUUACUUGAGAAUCCUGAUUUUAAGAGCAUGUACUACGAGAAUUUAAAAUCUAAAACUGCCCACUCAUCGUCUCUCCUUCUAUGGAGAUCAUUUUACCAUAGGGAUAAAAACGUCCCUAGUGACAAUAAUGUGCAUUUACUUUCUGGAGAGAGAUAUGAAAACAUGGUUACAUUAGCUUUGCCAACUCUGGUUGAGAGUUAUGAUCCCGGCGAGGUUCUAGAAUGUGUUAAUGGCAUUAUAUGUCACUAUGAACGAGGUUCUGAGGUAAUAGGACUUUGGAACCCCAAAACCGACGAGCGUAAAAUUAUUCCUCCGGGUAUCAAUGAUGAUGAGCCCGGCUUUGAUCGACAUGUAAGUGUUCAUGGAUUUGGUUAUGACAAUGUGAAUGAUGAUUAUAAAGUGAUUCAAUGUGUAUAUUAUAAUUAUAGUCAAAUGUUGUUUGAAGAGCCUGUUCUAAGAAUUUGGCAAAUUUAUAGUCUAAAAAUUAAUUAUUGGAAGAAACUUGAUCUUGAAAUGACUAUGAAGGAAAAUGUAGAUAAAGCUUCUAUAGCGUACUUGAAUGGAGUAUGCCACUGGUGGGGUAGCGAGUUUGCCACGAAUGGACUCGAAGAACAAGUACUUGUGUCAUUUAACCUCAGCACUGAAACAUUUCGAACCACAUCAAUUGUUUGGGUGCAAGAAAAUGAUGAUAGCUCUACCAGAACUUUGGUAGUGCUCAACGAGUCUGUUACUUUAAUUUCCUCUUUUGCUCAGAAUAAUUUCAUUGAAAUAUCCAUUUUGGGUGAAGUUGGUGUGAAGGAAUCUUGGGUGAAGCUUUUCACACUUGGACCCUUUCCAUCAGAAUGGCUUUAUCCAUUGAGAAUGGGCAACAAAUGUGAUGUAAUAUUUUAUAUAAGAGACGACAGUAAUGAAUUGGCUUCCUUUGAUGUCAUCACGGGCAAAUUACUUUUGUACUCAAAUGUGGAUGCCAUAAAGGAGUCUAUUGAAAAUUUGCUAAAAACUAUGUAUGCAAAAGUCAGUGACCUUGCCUCUGCUAGAAGCAUAUUUGAUUUGAUUAUCAAAAAGAGUAUUUUCUCAUGGACAUCAAUGAUUGCAGGAUAUCCCCAUUCGUAUCACCCAUUGGAGGCAUUGCAUUUGUUUAGAAGGCUUGUACGGACAGAUUUUAGACCAGAUGGACUAAUCCCUGCCACUGUUUUAUCGGCUUGUAUUGAUUUAGGAUCAAUUAGCGUUGCACAAGAGAUGGAAGAUUAUAUACUCCAAGUGUGGAAGCAUCAAGAAAGCCAAAGAAGUAUUUGA